UGUACGCUGGUCUGGUAACACUUGAAAAUAAAAUUGCCAGCAAUUGUGAAAUAAAAAUCAUUUGUCUCGCUUUUAUUAACAAAUACUCGCAUUAAAUAAAGUAAACUCGUCAUCAGAACAUAUUUAAAGAUAUGGGGGAUACCAAUGAUAAGCUGGCGCAGAACAACUCGCAAAUGGAAGACGCUACAACUGAAAUUUUUGGAAUUAACUUUCUGUUGGAAAAGGAGAAGCGCAAUCAGGCGACUUUGCUUGAAAAAUUGAAAACGCACGACCAAUCGACACAAGUGACCAUCCAGAAUCUUCAGCAGAAACUCUAUGAGCUUCAGAAGGGCCGUGAGCUGUUGCUUAAUCAACUUGUGGAAAAGGAACUUUCAUACAAAAUCGACACGGAAGAGCUGAAGGCAGUUCUAGAUGAUCCUGGUGACGACCAUACUUGCAUUAUCUGUCUAUCUCCUUGGGAAUCGACUGGGCCUCAUCGUGUAGCCUCGCUGCCCUGUGGACAUCUAUAUGGGAUGUCCUGCAUAAGACUAUCUGUACGCCGAACGGAAUUCUGCCCGAAGUGCAGAGUUCCAGCACGUUAUUUCGUCUUGCCCGAUAUUCGCCCAGAAUAA